CGAGUUCCAUUCGUAUACGGGUGCAAUUUGAUGCCCCUUGCAUUUACGAAAUACUCGCGCUUUGCAAGUCGGUUGCUCUGGAAAGAGGUUACGGAGUGGUAUGAUAUCAUCAGUUCGACAAUAUGUGAACUGAUGUGGCAGAUGCCAAUCGCGGGUUUCCUGUGCCCAUUUUUCUUGCUUACCACUCGUGUUUGUCCAUGGCCAGAAAGAAGAUUCCGAUGCCUUUCAUUCGCCAUCCAUCACACUACGAUCCGACUUCAAAAUGCGGAUUUCUGCUCGCUUGUCCUUCGACUUCUUUUCCCGGCGCAUGAGUGAUGAAUUUAUUUCAGCCGUGGUGUCUGUCUCAUUUUCUGUGUCGAUUCAAAUUGUCCCAUUAUCUAUCUUAUCGACGCGUCUCUGUUUUCUUUUCCUCUCUUUUCUUUUUCGGGUGGCUAUCUGAUGAUGCGCUUUUUUUUUAUGGUCGACAUCUGCUUGGUUGGCUUGCAAUCGUGUUACUUCCACUGUUUGUCUCACCCGGAAGUUCAUAUCGCGCUAAAAAGGAGGCUCUAUGUUUUUUGCUUGGUUGUAGCUUAUCAUCGCCGCAUUGGUUUCCUUUACUUUUGUUCCUUUCCUUUUCUAUAUCACUUGGGAGGCUGUCUGAUCAACAUUUUAUCCGACUUUAUGAAUUCGCAAUCAUGCGUGCCUUGAAUUUUCAGUGCAUGUUCCAUUCGAUCCAGCAUUUGUGCAUCUUGUUUAUUUCCCCUUUCUUCGAGUUCUCCGUUCCCAGAUGCUUAUGCCUAUUUAUUUACCUCUAUUCAUCGAUCUAUGGUUCUGGUACUACGGAUACUUUUCUUUCGUUAGAUUCUGGAAUGGAUAAAUUCUCUAUUCUUUACUGCCGUGGUGGCUGCUGUAUCGAGUAAUGAGUUUUUUAUUGUCCGUGCUCAGUGGAAGUAAUGUUUCAG